AUGUCCGCAAUAGUGCCAUCACUGGAGUCCAGAAGAACAAUGGAUAGCGAGGCCACCCUAGUCAACAUUCCGGAUUUGAUUCAGCCAGCCUCGGAACAUGGGUCUCGGCAUCAGUCUUCAUCUUAUGACCAAAACUAUGGGUUACUUGAUCUCAUGAGAAUCUUAUUCAAGUUGACUAUGUUAUGGACACGCCUACUGCUUCUUCCCCUUUUCGGCUGGAAUGUUGCUAGCACUACUCUUUUCCUCGUUAUGCGCGGCAUGCCAUUGGGUCGACAACUUGAAGGGUUCCUGCGAUUAUCUUAUAACGUGACGAAGAUGGAACUCAGUACAUCCGGAUUGUAUAGAUGA